AUGUCGGAGGAGGUGCGGAGCGUGGGCAGCAGGGCCGCUUCAGUGCUGCAGCAGUUAAGGCUGCCUUUGCCUGCGGUGUUCCCCCUUGUACCACCGCCCAGAGUCACUCCCCUGUACUUCCCCGUUUUCCGGCCCCCGGGCUCCGCCCACCCACAGCUUGCUCCGCUCGGAUCCGCCCCCGGACCUGCAGGCUUAGGUUCGAACGCGGACGGGGUGAGCAGCUCCGGCAGUGAAGAUUCGGAAGUGACAGGAUCCCAAGGUUUGGCGGCAGCAGCGGGGGGAGGUGCAGGGGUUCCAGGUCCCUCUCUCCCUCUGUUGCUCGGGCGUGGGAAUAACACGGUGAACCAUCCCCCCAAGAUAACGGGAAGCUUGGACGAGAGGGGCAGCACAUGGGAGGAGGAAUUAUUCGCUCUUUUAGGGCAUUCCCCCCCGUGUUAUUUCACACCCCCUCCCGCGUUUCCCCCCGCGCCUGCACUUCCCACGCCCGCGGGUGGGAGUGGGGGCGGGAGUGGGGGUGGUGGAACAAAGCGGAGUGCUGCAGUUGCUGCUGCGGCUGCUGCUGUUGGCGCUGGUGGCGGCGGUGGUGGCGCUGGUGGUGGCGGUGGGAGUGGGAGUGGGGGUGGGAGUGGGGGUGGGAGUGGGGGUGGAACAAAGCGGAGUGCUGCAGCUGCUGCUGCUGGCUCUGGCGCUGGUGGUGCUGGGGUUGGUCCUGGGGGGGUUGAUGGUGGUACAGAGGAUGAUGGUGACGAUGGGACAGUGCUGCAUAAGAGAAGUCACCCCGUUCCCCACACCCUGCUGGCAGACCGCGCAGGCCGUGCAUUCCGGCGUUUUGAAGCCCACAGCUUUGGAGAUUCCAAAGGUCAGGUGGGUGGGAGUGUCUUGUCUCAAGCCGCUGCUCCUUACUGCCCUCUCCCACACACGCUCCCCCUUCCCCGUGGCAGGCCGCGCGUGCCGCGCAUGCCAUCAGCGCCAGACAUGCCAAUGGACGGGCAGCGCAUGCCACGCACGCCCUCGGCGCCAGAGAUGCCAAUGGACGGGUGGGAGUGGCGCAAGUACGGCCAGAAGGUCACCCUCGGCCAGGCCUACCCCAGGUACCUGCCUUGCCCUUCUGCCUUCCAGGCCCUCCCCCCUCUCGCUGUGCCGCCACUCUCCCCCCCCUCUCCUCUCCCCCUUCCACUCCCUUGUGCUGGAAUGGGGAGCUACUUCCGCUGUGCGCACAAAUACGAUGAUCCCUCGUUGCGUCCCUGUCCGGCCAAGAAGUGGGCGGAGAGGUGCAACGACAACCCCUUCAACUGGCGCAUCAAGAAUUUCGGCGAGCACAACCACCCCAAGCCCCCCCCUCGCCCCGUCACCAUCACCAUCAUCCAUGAUGGCCUCGUGGAUGGGGCAGCUGCCGAUCCUGCCCCUGCCGCUGCUGCCGCUGCUGCCACUACUGCCCUCCCUGCCCUUGCCGCUGCUUUUGAGGCGCCUUAA